GAAUACUACGCUGGUCUAGGACACCAGAAUUACUCCUCUCAGGAGCAUUGUUAUACCUUCAUGCUCGCAGCAAUGGCAAUAGAUAUUUUUUGAGGGCGUUUGGAGAAUAUUAUUGCUAGUGGGUUUAGGAAUAUAAUGGUAAUAUUUACAUAUCCCCUCCAGCGCCUCUUGUUCCUUGUCAAGCUAGACGCGGCACCCUCCUCUAUUUGCCCAUUUGUAACGGGCACACUCCUAAUGGCAAGAAUUUGACGCAAACACGAGAAUGGCUGAGCCUGCUUCAGAGGCAGCUGGCUUUGCCCAAGACCUCUUCUCUCCUCUGCAGUUUUGUGAGGUGGUGCAGGAGGGUCAGGCAGGGCACCACCACGUUAAGGAGGAGCUGCCCCGGCCGCAGCCUCCGCAGCUGGCCACCACGCUAUCCACCGCACCAGUCACCUCCAUGGUGAACAUAACUGGGGUCACGACAUCUGUACCCUCAUCCACGUCCACUCAGCACAUACACCUUCAAGCACAGCCUAUCAUGGCACAGAUGGUGCAGCAGCAUCAGCAUGUACAGCAUCAACACGUUCAACAACACCAGCAGCAGCAGCAGGGCCUUUCUCAGCCCAGACUACUUCAGCAGCAGAUGACUGUUCAACAGCCACCACAACCUAUUGCUCAGCAGCAACUUCUCCAGCAGCACCAAGCUCAGCAACAAGCUCAGCAGCAAGCUCAGCAGCAAGCUCAGCAGCAAGCUCAGCAGCAAGCCCAGCAACAGGCCCAGCAACAGGCCCAACAACAGGCUCAGCAACAGGCCCAGCAACAAGCCCAGCAGCAGCAGCAGGUACUGCAGCAGGUGCAGCAGCAGGUGCAGCAGCAAGUACAACAGCAGUCAUCACAGCAGCUAAUACAAACACAACCACAGCAGCAGCAGACAAAACAACUUCAGCAACAAUCUACUCCUCGGCAACCUCGGCAGCAAACUCCAUCACAACAAAUGCAAUCACAGCAACAAAUGCAACAGCAGCAAACACAGCACCAGCAGCAGGCACAACAGCAACAGCAGCAGGCACAGCAACAAACACAACAGGUGCAACAGCCUCAGCAACAGCAACAAAUACUGACAUCUGUUAACAGUGUCCAGCUAGUUAAUGGCCUACAGAUGCCCAUCACCGUUCAUCACGCCGGCAUAUCGAAGACUCCGGCAACCGUGGCAGUGACCACUGGCACAGCCUCACAGUCGCCCCCGAUCAUAGUAUUGGCUGGAAUUAUGACUUCGAAUAAUAGUCGGCCCUCGUCCAUUACCAUAGUUGCCUAUGGAAUUACUGCUGUUGGUAAAGUGAAACCUGUGCCUGUGAAGCGCACGUGGAGGAGACCGUGGAAGAAGAAGAAGGAGAGAGAGAAAAAGCCGCCAGUGAAGAAGGCGCGAAGAGUGAAGAGAAAACGCAUUGUUGUGCCCAAGAAAUGUAUUAUCCACAUAGAUCCAAGGAAUGGUCCUAUGAUUGACACUGCUCUGAAUCGAAUUAAGAGAGAAUCGGAGGAAGCCAUCAAUCAGCUAAAGCAAAAAAGACAGCGGAUAAAGCUGAAUCGGAAUUCUGGCCGAGAGUAUGUGAAUCGUCUAGGGAAGGUUGUCGGAGCGAGGAUAAUUGGUCCACCUUGUCACUGCCCUUUGAAGUGUUGGGAACGGAUGGGUUCCAAAAUAUUAGAAAUCUUCAACAACUUUUGGGAUCUGAGUGACUUCAACCUUCAGAAUUCGUAUCUAUUUACCUGCCUUAAGCUCUGUGAUGUGAAACGGCGAUACACCAAGAAGGUAAAGCCUGCAGAAGAAUCACGACGGCAGAAUACGUUUGAAUAUUUUGUUCGCAUCAGCGGCAAGCAUCUUCGAGUCUGCAAGAGGGCCUUUAUGAGCUCCCAUGGACUGACGAGUGAUAAAAGGCUUCGAACUCUCUUUCAUCAGAUGAAGGAUGGUGCUCUGGUUCCUGAACCUGACCGACGAGGGAAGCACCUAAGACCAAUCAAGUCUCCCAACCAAAUGAGCCCUACCCAUAAUAUUGAAACGUACAAUACUCAUAAAAUUAAGAAGCCUCGCUCUACAAAGAAGAAACAAAACAACAAAUUGGAAAACAAACCCAUGUACACCCCACCACCACCUCCAAUGGGUCAUAUUCACCCUCACUGUACCCCCCCGCCCCCACCUGCCCACGCCACCACCAUGCAGGAGCCCCCCCACGCGUACAUCCCCAACGGAGACAUAUACUUUCCCGGCCAUUACCUCGAACCUCAUCAAUCCAUGGCACCGCCCCAUGUGAACCAGAUCCCAUCGUGCCAGAAGAUGUUGGAGGCUCCCGCGUACUUCAUGGCCGGCAUGAAGGAGAACACUUUCCACCAGUAGAGUUCGUAUUCACUCUUAUCGUUGGUUAAGUUGCUGAUCUACCUUUUCUUACUCUUACUUGCCAGUGUUUGGAGGGAGUCAUGGUAAUGACAGGAAUAUUUAUUAAAAAGGAAAUUCAUAUGGACUUUUUGAGAAAAUGUUUUAGGGGACAACCCAUUUAGAGGUUUUCUGUGAUAAAAAAAAAGGCUUUGCUAUUGCAGUAAUUUAAAGAGCUUCCAUUGGUGUAUGAAAAAAAAGAACUUGUAUCAGUAAACUGAUAGUUAGAAGAGGAGUGACUGCUGCAUUAUCAGAGGCUUCAGAUAAAUAUUUAUAUUUGCAAUUAAUUUUUUCCCAAAGCCUCUGCAAAAAAAAAAAAGCCUUACCUUUGGCAGCUAUAACUUUUUUUUUCAUAAUUUUUAAUACAUUUCACUUGAAAUAUAUCAGGGCAUUGAUUCAUCAUAAGAUACUUCAGUACUGUAUUUAUAGAGGGUUACUUUAAGGACUAAAAUUAGGUAUAACUGAGAAUGGUUGCCAUGUAUUUACAACUUUAAGGCUUGUAUAACUACCCUUCCUAUUGACGACAAGCUUUAGGUGCUGCCUCUCGUCCUCGUCUCAGGCACGUCAUGUGGACAUUUGGUUUGACCUUAGAAGAAGUAGUGUUGUGUUUCCACUUAACAUUCCAUAGGCUUAAGUAUAUUUUUAAAUGAAAAGGAGAGCAGAUAAAUGUUUUAAUUGGCUACAGUUUUAGAUUAUAAAACAAUGAAAAAUGAAUUUAUACAGUACUACUAUUAAUUAUUUAUUUCAUGAUUUUCUGAAUUAUAAAUCAAAUUUAUUUAUUUUCUUAGUUUAGAGGCUAGGGGUAGCUUUAACCACAAGUCCAGCACAAGAAUUACCUCCCCAAGUUUAUGCUUUACGUUUUAAUUAGUUCACGACUUGAGAUCAUUGCAAGAGGUCCUAUGCAGGAUGCGGCCAAAAGUGUGUCAUACACUGCGGACUAUGAGUCACAAUAACGGAGCUGAAGAUAUGAUAACCAAACUGCACGUGAGAAGAGGAAGAAACGAUGACGUUUCGGUCCGUCCUGGACCAUUAUCAAUUCAACAUAUGACUUGAUAAUGGUCUUGGAUGGACCGGAACGUCGUCAUUUCUUCUGCUUCUGAUGUGUGGUUUGGUCAUCAUUGUCAUACACUAGUGGGACAAAUAUUUGGGUUUUCUUAAAUAUGGUCUUUUCCAGAAAAUUUAGUUUAUGGUAUUUUGCUUAGAUGUGCGUCAUUACGAUGAUAGUUAAGCACUGGAGGGGACCUGUCACGAUAAAUUAUUUUUGUGCACGAAAAUAUAAUUUAUAAUUGUACUGUGAUUUGUCUACUCAAGUACUUUUAAUUAUAAUAAAUUUCAGGCAGUAAGUUGCUGUCUUAUGGGAAGUCAUGUUGCUGAGGACGGGAGAAGGGAAAAUGUUUGGUCUAGGUUGUGGGGUAAGCAUCCCAUAGGCAACUGAAUUACUGUAUUGUUUAGCUUGUGCCGUGUAUCCUACUUAUCCCUCGUGUGGGCAUCCCUUGUGUGGGCAUCCCUUGUGUGGGCAUCCCUUGUGUGGGCAUCCCUCGUGUGUGCAUCCCUCGUGUGGGCAUCCCUCGUGUGGGCAUCCCUUGUGUGGGCAUCCCUCUUGUGGGCAUCCCUCAUGUGGGCAUCCCUUGUGUGGGCAUCCCUCUUGUGGGCAUCCCUCAUGUGGGCAUCCCUCGUGUGGGCAUCCCUUGUGGGCAUCCCUCGUGUGGGCAUCCCUCGUGUGGGCAUCCCUUGUGUGGGCAUCCCUCAUGUGGGCAUCCCUCGUGUGGGCAUCCCUCUUGUGGGCAUCCCUCUUGUGGGCAUCCCUCAUGUGGGCAUCUCUCGUGUGGGCAUCCCUUGUGGGCAUCCCUCAUGUGGGCAUCCUGAGUGAUCUCUAGGAAAUUGUGAAUUAUCUGAGACUUGCAUAGCAUCAUGUCGCAAUAAUGGCUUAGCACUUUCUUGUGAUCACUAGACACCAUUAUAGAAAAUAUGGUUCGUGAUGAAAUUAUUUUUUAUCAUAUUCAGCAGGCUGCAUGUAAACAAAUCAACUGGACGUAUCUUGUAGGAUGUGAUGAAUGUUUUAUUUUAAUAUUUUUAUUUAUUUAAAUUAUAGUCUUCAUUAUGUGAUUUUAUUAUUAUGUCCAUUUGGGAGAUUUAAUGUAAAUUCAUUUUUAUAUUGUGUGUGUGUAUGUGUUUGUGGCUUUGGCCAAGAUGUCCAGGUUAAUUGUAGCUUAAAUAUUUUUGUCAAAGUAGAGUUGAUGCAUUUGUUGCAGCCGGUUCUUAUUUUUUGUAUUUGGUUCUCAUUACCAUUGGCAUUGAAACAGCGUACUCAGUUAAAGGUCUUCUCCCCAGUUGAAAAUGUAUAUACAGGUAUGUGGAAUAUCUGCUAUUGUAUGGUUUAUGAUUUUUUAUGCCAUGGUAAUAAAUGAUGUUAUUAGAAAUGCAGAUUGCAUUAUAAUUGUGAUGGAACAGUUUGACAACGGGUUGAAGAGUGCGGAAACUUUAGUGCUGUGAUAGUAGACAUGGAGGUUGUGACAACAACACACUCGCAGGUGGUGUUCCCAGUGCUAACACCACCACACGCGCAGGUGGUGUUCCCAGUGCUAACACCACCACACGCGCAGGUGGUGUUCCCAGUGCUAACACGACCACACUCGCAGGUGGUGUUCCCAGUGCUAACACCACCACACGCGCAGGUGGUGUUCCCAGUGCUAACACGACCACACUCGCAGGUGGUGUUCCCAGUGCUAACACCACCACACGCGCAGGUGGUGUUCCCAGUGCUAACACGACCACACUCGCAGGUGGUGUUCCCAGUGCUAACACCACCACACGCGCAGGUGGUGUUCCCAGUGCUAACACGACCACACUCGCAGGUGGUGUUCCCAGUGCUAACACCACCACACGCGCAGGUGGUGUUCCCAGUGCUAACACGACCACACUCGCAGGUGGUGUUCCCAGUGCUAACACGACCACACUCGCAGGUGGUGUUCCCAGUGCUAACACGACCACACGCGCAGGUGGUGUUCCCAGUGCUAACACGACCACACUCGCAGGUGGUGUUCCCAGUGCUAACACCACCACACGCGCAGGUGGUGUUCCCAGUGCUAACACGACCACACUCGCAGGUGGUGUUCCCAGUGCUAACACGACCACACUCGCAGGUGGUGUUCCCAGUGCUAACACGACCACACUCGCAGGUGGUGUUCCCAGUGCUAACACGACCACACUCGCAGGUGGUGUUCCCAGUGCUAACACCACCACACUCGCAGGUGGUGUUCCCAGUGCUAACACGACCACACGCGCAGGUGGUGUUCCCAGUGCUAACACGACCACACUCGCAGGUGGUGUUCCCAGUGCUAACACGACCACACUCGCAGGUGGUGUUCCCAGUGCUAACACGACCACACUCGCAGGUGGUGUUCCCAGUGCUAACACCACCACACUCGCAGGUGGUGUUCCCAGUGCUAACACGACCACACUCGCAGGUGGUGUUCCCAGUGCUAACACGACCACACUCGCAGGUGGUGUUCCCAGUGCUAACACGACCACACUCGCAGGUGGUGUUCCCAGUGCUAACACGACCACACUCGCAGGUGGUGUUCCCAGUGCUAACACGACCACACUCGCAGGUGGUGUUCCCAGUGCUAACACGACCACACUCGCAGGUGGUGUUCCCAGUGCUAACACGACCACACUCGCAGGUGGUGUUCCCAGUGCUAACACGACCACACUCGCAGGUGGUGUUCCCAGUGCUAACACGACCACACUCGCAGGUGGUGUUCCCAGUGCUAACACGACCACACUCGCAGGUGGUGUUCCCAGUGCUAACACGACCACACUCGCAGGUGGUGUUCCCAGUGCUAACACCACCACACUCGCAGGUGGUGUUCCCAGUGCUAACACGACCACACUCGCAGGUGGUGUUCCCAGUGCUAACAAUACCACACUCGCAGGUGGUGUUCCCAGUGCUAACAAUACCACACUCGGUGGUGGUGUUCCCAGUGCUAACAAUACCACACUCGCAGGUGGUGUUCCCAGUGCUAACAAUACCACACUCGGUGGUGGUGUUCCCCGUGCUAACACCACCACACUCGAAGGUGGUGUUUCUCGUGUUUCAAGAAUCUCAAACCUCUUGAAAAGUUUCAUGAUGGCAGGACAUUUCCAGCGACCAUCACAGUCAGUUUGAUCUUUGUGCCACAUUAGAUUAAGAUUAGACCAUGUAAGAUGAAAGCCACCCAUGAUCUUUUUUAGUACAAAUUUAUUCAGCUUAGGUGUUGCUUGUUCAUCUUUACUUGGCGAUGGUAAAUGUUAAGUCCUCCUGGCUACACAAUUUAUCUUAACAAAUUGUGGGGAUAAAUAAUGAUUACUGUUUGACUCGGAACUAAAGUGUAUUUAAUGUGUAAGGAAGCAGGUAGGUUCAUGGGAUAUAUUACAUACUUGUGUACCCAUCUUAUUGUGUAACGGGGAUGUCUAAAUGUAUCUUUUAAGAAACUUCAUCGUUUGUGGAAUAGGGUUGUGAAAAGGCUUUAUUUUUAGCAGUAAUUUACUAUUGUCUUACAAGAGGUGUUCUAUAUUUAUUUGUGUGUUUUAUGAUUCCCGAUGAGAAGUAAUAUGGACAAUGUCAUCAAACUACAAAAUAUGGAGAAAGAGUGAAAUAUGCAAUAAAUUUAAUUAGACUGAUAGGUUACUCAAUUUGAGUAUGGUAUAUAUAAUAAAUUAUUCCAAAUUAUAUUAUAUUAAAUAUAUACAUAAACAAAUCAUUAAAUACAAAACAAUUUUUUUUAAUUUGUGUUUUUUGUGUGAGGAAGGAAGCGAGAAGGGACACCAGGGCUGUGAGACACAUCCAGCAGCCACUUGGAGCCAGGCUCAGAGUUGCCUCAUGUGUUAAGACUUAGGUUACAGUAUCUUACAUGCCAGCAGAGCUACCUGUUGUGAGGGAAGGUGGGCUCCCUCCCUUACCAGCACACUCCUCGCCAGUCACCCAGGCUUCUCAACACUGCAUGAGACUUCGUUUUCCCUGUAGGAGCUGUUUAUGUGGAGACACAAACUUCUUAACUUAAUAAAAUAAAAAUAAAAUAUUAAUGUUGGAGAGAUUGUGACUACUUGUCCACGUUAAAGCUCUGCUUAUCAUGCUGGCCUUGCUCCUCUUGAAUAUUGAGCCUUGCACCUUAGCCAAUUGCACGCUUGAUGAGCACACGUGACCUUGGUGAUCAAGGGUUGCUCCUUUCCUCACCGAGUGUUCAAGGUCAGGGUUCGGUGUUUGCGUUGAUGACACUUUUCUUGUGUUCUGCUCUCCUGUCUGUGUGACGUUUUGGUUUGCUGUCGUCCUUUGUUCCUAUGGGGUUAUUGCUUGGUAUGUGUAUUCAGCCAAGUUUUUGUGGCUUCCCCAUCUGACACUAUACCUGGUUCUGCUAUUUGCAGCUUUUAUUAUGUCUCUAAAUGUUUUAAGAUGUAUAUGACCUUUCCUGUUACCUCCAUAACGUGGCAUGCUUGGUCCUGGGAUUUUCUGGAGGUUGGAAUAGUGGUUUGUUGCUAGCCGCACUGAAAUAGCUCCACACUGUUACAAAUCAACACUUUGAGUCACUAAAAGCCUACUGGGGACCAGAGGCCAAAACUCAGGCCCCAGGCUCAGAGAGCAGGGAACGCAUGAUCAUCCUCAUCAAGAAAUCAACCCCCAGAAAUGAGAAAAUAAAGAUAGACAGCAGCAAGGUAAAAAAACAGUAAACAUUCUGUCCUGUAAUUAGGUCACACCCCCCUUUAGUUACCACUGCCCACCACCAGGUUGCAGCACCACUGCAGUUUCUGGCUCCCAUGUCAACAAGCCUUCAGCCAUUCACCUAAUGUCAACUACUGUCAACAGCUACAAUGAGUUGCCAGGUCUUUGAGUCCUAGACUUUCCCUAGAUAAGUGUUGGCUAUUCUUUGCACACUAUUGGGCCUAUUUUGCUUUGUACUGUUCCAAUCUUUAAUAUUUGCAUCCCUGGAGUGUUUGGGUGUUUGUCCCUUAAAGGCCAACCUCUUGUGCAGGGUGACUUGCAGGAGUCUUUGACUCCUCCAUGAGGAUCUGAGGAUGGGGGAUGUUCUGGGUGAGGGGUUUGCCAAAAGCCAAACACAACCAUGGGUGGGGUGUUCUGGUUCCUCUGGUACCAUCCUUUUUACCACAGCUGGGAUCAUCUGGGCAUGAGCUCUGUCGAGGCAUCAUCGAGGCAUGGGCUUCGACUAGCUUUUAGUGUGCCGGCUUUUCCUCUAUUAUUAAUGGUUUGGUUCUGUGGUGCCUUCCUCCUCCAUCUCUUGAUGUGCAUCCAGAUACCUCAACCAUGAUUUUGGGCUUUGUAGUCAGCAUUCCCCAAACUUCUCAGGGUUAUUGGACAUGUCCCCUCCUUUGGAUGUGAAUUGCAGUUCAUGAUUUUGUGGCAGGUGCCAGGCUCUGUGGCAGUUUUGUUUCUCUCUGGGCUCUGUUUUCCAAUUGUUUUUUUUUUUUUUUUUUUUUUCCACCUGUUCCUUGUUGGUUCAUUGUCUGAACCGUGGAGGGUCACAUUGGUCCUUACCUGUUUAGAGCUGAUCUCUGCAUGUAACUUGUCUCAUGGAUUUUGGGGGUUUUAUUCUGCUUGGCUCAUGUGCAGUGUAUAUCCUAUGCUUUUGCAAAUGGUUUCUUUUCUUUCCACCCUAUUUACCAAGAGUGGACUGUUGUCGACAUGUCCCUCCAGUGGGUCUUGUAAGAUGGUCGGGCAUCCUGAGAUGGCCCCUCUUUGUGUCAGCUUGGGACAAAUGGUUUCCAUCCUACGUGGCUCCAUUCCCAGUUCACAUGGCUCAUGCAGUUUUAGCCUUUUGACUGGACUAAUCAAGGCAGGGUUUUCUUUAUUUUUCCCUCCAGUUCAACUGUUUCUCCUCAUGCUACCCGGGUUGGAAACUUAAACUGACGGUGAUCCUGUCAGUGUGUCCAAACCCGAGUGUCUCCUGAGCUCAGUUUCUUUCAAUGGGUCGGUCAGGAGACCUUCCUUGA